AUGCUGCUGAAGUCACUACAGCUGCAUAUACUGAUAGUCACUACAGCUGCAUAUACUGAUGCAGUCACUACAGCUGCAAACACUGAUGCAGUCACUACAGCUGCAGACACUAAUGCAGUCACUACAGCUGCACAUACUGAUGCAGUCACUACUGAAGAUACUGAUACAGUUGCUACUGCUGUGGAUACUGAUGCAGUUACUACUACUGCAGAAGUCACUACAGCUGCAGAUCCUGAUGUAGUCACUGCAGCUGCUGAUACUGAUGCAGUCACUACUGCUACAGAUACUGAUGCAGUCACUACUGCUGCAGAUACUGAUGUAGUCACUACUGCUACAGCUACUGGUGCAGUCACUACUGCUGCAGAUACUGAUGCAGUCACUACUGCUGCAGAUACUGAUGCAGUCACUACUGCUGCAGAUACUGAUGCAGUCGCUACAGCUACUGGUGCAGUCACUACUGCUGCAGAUACUGAUGCAGUCACUACUGCUGCAGAUACUGAUGCAGUCACUACUGCUGCAGAUACUGAUGCAGUCACUACUGCUGCAGAUACUGAUGCAGUCACUACUGCUGCAGAUACUGGUGCAGUCACUACUGCUGCAGAUACUGAUGCUGUCACUACUGCAGAUACUGAUGCAGUCACUACUGCUGCAGAUACUGGUGCAGUCACUACUGCUGCAGAUACUGAUGCUGUCACUACUGCAGAUACUGAUGCAGUCACUACUGCAGAUACUGAUGCAGUCACUACUGCUGCAGACACUGGUGCAGUCACUACUGCUGCAGCUACUGGUGCAGUCACUACUGCAGAUACUGAUGCUGUCACUACUGCUGCAGAUACUGAUGCAGUCACUACUGCUGCAGCUACUGGUGCAGUCACUACUGCUGCAGAUACUGAUGCAGUCACUACUGCUGCAGAUACUGAUGCAGUCACUACUGCAGAUACUGAUACAGUCACUACAGCUGCAGAUACUGAUGCAGUCACUACAGCUGCAGAUACUGAUACAGUCACUACUUCUGCAGAUAAUGAUACAGUCACUACUGCAGAUAAUGAUGCAGUCACUACUGCAGAUACUGAUAAUACUGAUACAGUCACUACUUCUGCAGAUACUGAUGCGGUCACUACUGCAGAUACUGAUGCGGUCACUACUUCUGCAGAUACUGAUACAGUCACUACUUCUGCAGAUACUGAUGCGGUCACUACUUCUGCAGAUACUGAUGCGGUCACUACUUCUGCAGAUACUGAUACAGUCACUACGUCUGCAGAUACUGAUGCGGUCACUACUGCUGCAGAUACUGAUGCGGUCACUACUUCUGCAGAUACUGAUACAGUCACUACUUCUGCAGAUACUGAUGCGGUCACUACUUCUGCAGAUACUGAUACAGUCACUACUUCUGCAGAUACUGAUGCGGUCACUACUGCUGCAGAUACUGAUGCGGUCACUACUGCUGCAGAUACUGAUACAGUCACUACUUCUGCAGAUACUGAUACAGUCACUACUUCUGCAGAUACUGAAGCAGUCACUACUGCUGUAGAUACUGAUGUAGUUAUUACUGCUACAUAUACUGAUGCAGUCACUACUGCUUCAGAUACUGAUGCAGUCACAACUGCUUCAGAUACUGAUGCAGUCACUAAUGCUGCAGAUACUGAUUCAGUCACUACUGCUGCAGAUACCGUUGCAGUCACUUCAGCUGCAGAUACUGAUGUAGUUAUUACUGCUAUAUAUACUGAUGCAGUUACUACUGCAGAUACUGAUGCAGUUACUACUGCUGCAGAUACUGAUGCAGUCACUACAGCUGCAGAUACUGAUGCAGUCACUACAGCUGCAGAUACUGCUGCAGUCAAUACUGCUGCAUAUACUGAUGCAGUCAAUACUGCUGCAUAUACUGAUGCAGUCAAUACUGCUGCAUAUACUGACGCAGUCACUACUGCUGCAUAUACUGAUGCAGUCACUACUGCAGAUACUGAUGCAGUCAAUACUGCUGCAUAUACUGAUGCAGUUACUACUGCUGCAGAUACUGCUGCAGUCACUACUGCUGCAGUCAAUACUGCGGCAUAUACUGAUGCAGUCAAUACUGCUGCAUAUACUGAUGAACUCACUACUGCUAUAGAUACUGAUGCAGUCAAUACUGCUGCUGAUACUGCUGAAGUCACUACAGCUGCAAAUGCUGCUGAAGUCACUACAGCUGCAAAUGCUGCUGAAGUCACUACAGCUGCAAAUGCUGCUGAAGUCACUACAGCUGCAAAUGCUGCUGAAGUCACUACAGCUGCAUAUACUGAUAAUAGUGAUACAGUUACUACAGCUGCAGAUACUAAUGCAGUCACUACAGCUGCAGAUACUGAUGCAGUCACUACUGCUGCAGAUAGUGAUACAGUUACUACUGCUGCAGAUAGUGAUACAGUUACUACUGCUGCAGAUAGUGAUACAGUUACUACAGCUGCAGAUACUAAUGCAGUCACUACAGCUGCAGAUACUGAUGUAGUCACUACUGCAGAUACUGAUGCAGUCACUACAGCUGCAGAUACUGAUGCAGUCACUACAGCUGCAGAUACUGCUGCAGUCACUACAGCUGCAGAUACUGCUGCAGUCACUACUGCUGCAGAUACUGCUGCAGUCACUACUGCUGCAGAUACUGAUGCAGUCACUACAGCUGCAGAUACUGAUGCAGUCACUACUGAAGCAGAUAAUGAUACAGUUACUACUGCUGCAGAUAGUGAUACAGUUAAUACAGCUGCAGAUACUAAUGCAGUCACUACAGCUGCAGAUACUGGUGCAGUCACUACUGCUGCAGCUACUGGUGCAGUCACUACUGCAGAUACUGGUGCAGUCACUACUGCAGAUACUUAUGCAGUCACUACUGCUGCAGAUACUGAUGCUGUCACUACUGCUGCAGAUACUGAUGCAGUCACUACUGCAGAUACUGAUGCAAUAACUACUGAAGAUACUGGUGCAGUCACUACAGCUGCAGAUACUAAUGCAGUCACUACAGCUGCAGAUACUGGUGCAGUCACUGCAGCUGCAGAUACUGAUGCAGUCACUACAGCUGCAGAUACUGAUGCAGUCACUACAGCUGCAGAUACUGAUGCAGUCACUACAGCUGCAGAUACUGCUGCAGUCAAUACAGCUGCAGACACUGAUGCAGUCACUACAACUACAGAUACUGAUGCCGUAACUAAUGCUGCAGCUACUGAUACAGUCCCUUCAGCUGUAGAUACUGCUGUAUUCACUACAGCUGCAGAUAUUGCUGCAGACUCUGAUGCUGUCACUACUGCUGCAGAUACUGAUGCAGUCACUACUGCAGAUACUGAUGCUGUCACUACUGCUGCAGAUACUGAUGCAGUCACUACUGCAGAUACUGAUGCAGUCACUACUGCAGAUACUGAUGCAGUCACUACUGCAGAUACUGAUGCAAUAACUACUGAAGAUACUGGUGCAGUCACUACUGCUGCAGAUACUGAUGCUGUCACUACUGCUGCAGAUACUGAUGCAGUCACUACUGCUGCAGAUACUAAUGCUGUCACUACUGCUGCAGAUACUGAUGCUGUCACUACUGCUGCAGAUACUGAUGCAGUCACUACUGCAGAUACUGAUGCAAUAACUACUGAAGAUACUGGUGCAGUCACUACAGCUGCAGAUACUAAUGCAGUCACUACAGCUGCAGAUACUGGUGCAGUCACUACUGCUGCAGAUACUGAUGCAGUCACUACUGCUGCAGAUACUGAUGCAGUCACUACUGCUGCAGAUACUGAUGUAGUCACUACUGCUGCAGAUACUGAUGCAGGCACUACUGCUGCAGAUACUGAUGCAGUCACUACUGCAGAUACUGAUGCAGUCACUACAGCUGCAGAUACUGGUGCAGUCACUACUGCUGCAGAUACUGAUGCGGUCACUACUGCUGCAGAUACUGAUGCGGUCACUACUGCUGCAGAUACUGAUGCAGUCACUACAGCUGCAGAUACUGAUGCGGUCACUACUGCUGCAGAUACUGAUGCAGUCACUACUGCAGAUACUGAUGCGGUCACUGCUGCAGAUACUGAUGCGGUCACUACUGCUGCAGAUACUGAUGCAGUCAUUACUGCAGAUACUGAUGCAGUCACUACUGCAGAUACUGAUGCAGUCACUACUGCAGAUACUGAUGAAGUCACUACUGCUGCAGAUACUGAUGCAGUCACUAUUGCUGCAGAUACUGAUGCAGUCACUACAGCUGCAGAUACUGAUGCGGUCACUACUGCUGCAGAUACUGAUGCAGUCACUACUGCAGAUACUGAUGCGGUCACUGCUGCAGAUACUGAUGCGGUCACUACUGCUGCAGAUACUGAUGCGGUCACUACUGCCGCAGAUACUGAUGCAGUCACUACAGCUGCAGAUACUGAUGCGGUCACUACUGCUGCAGAUACUGAUGCAGUCACUACUGCUGCAGAUACUGAUGCGGUCACUGCUGCAGAUACUGAUGCGGUCACUACUGCUGCAGAUACUGAUGCGGUCACUACUGCUGCAGAUACUGAUGCGGUCACUACUGCUGCAGAUACUGAUGCAGUCACUACUGCUGCAGAUACUGAUGCGGUCACUGCUGCAGAUACUGAUGCGGUCACUACUGCUGCAGAUACUGAUGCGGUCACUACUGCUGCAGAUACUGAUGCGGUCACUACUGCUGCAGAUACUGAUGCGGUCACUACUGCUGCAGAUACUGAUGCGGUCACUACUGCUGCAGAUACUGAUGCAGUCACUACUGCUGCAGAUACUGAUGCAGUCACUACUGCUGCAGAUACUGAUGCAGUCACUAUUGCUGCAGAUACUGAUACAGUCACUACAGCUGCAGAUUCUGAUGCAGUCACUACUGCUGCUACUGCUGCAGAUACUAAUGCAGUCACUACUGCUGCUACUGCUGCAGAUACUAAUGCAGUCACUACUGCUGCAGAUACUGAUACAGUCACUACAGCUGCAGAUACUGAUGCAUUCACUACUGCUACAGAUACUGAUGCAGUCACUCCAGCUGCAGAUACUGCUGCAGUCAAUACAGCUGCAGACACUGAUGCAGUCACUACUGCUGCAGAUACUGAUGCAAUAACUACUGAAGAUACUCAUGCAGUUAUGACUGCUACAGAUACUGAUACAGUCACUAAUGCUGCAGCUACUGAUACAGUCCCUACAGCUGUAGAUACUGCUGUAUUCACUACAGCUGCAGAUAUUGCUGCAGUCAAUACAGCUGUAGACUCUGAUACAGUCACUACAGCUAGAGAUACUGAUGCAAUAACUACUGAGGCAGAUACUGAUGCUGUCACUACAGCUGCAGAUACUGGUGCAGUCACUACUGCUGCAGAUACUGAUACAGUCACUACUGCAGAUACUGAUACAGUCACUACUGCAGAUACUGAUUUCACUACAGCUGCAGAUACUGGUGCAGUCACUACAGCUGCAGAUACUGGUGCAGUCACUACAGCUGCAGAUACUGGUACAGUCACUACAGCUGCAGAUACUGGUGCAGUCACUACUACUGCAUAUACUGAUGCAGUCACUACAGCUGCAGAUGCUGGUGCAGUCACUACAGCUGCAGAUACUGGUGCAGUAACUACAGCAUCAGUAUCUGCAGUGAUCCGUGACUCUCACACCCUGGAGCGUGACUCGCACACCCUGGAGCGUGACUCGCACACCCUGGAGCGUGACUCGCACACCCUGGAGCGUGACUCGCACACCCUGGAGCGUGACUCACACACCCUGGAGCGUGACUCGCACGCCCUGGAGCGUGACUCGCACACCCUGGAGCGUGACUCUCACACCCUGGAGCGUGACUCUCACACCCUGGAACGUGACUCUCACGCCCUGGAGCGUGACUCUCACGCCCUGGAGCGUGACUCUCACGCCCUGGAGCGUGACUCUCACGCCCUGGAGCGUGACUCUCACGCCCUGGAGCGUGACUCACACACCCUGGAGCGUGACUCUCACGCCCUGGAGCGUGACUCUCACGCCCUGAAGCCUGCCAGGCCUCCCUCUGCUCCCAAGGUGCUCCCAAGAUGUUCACAAGGUGCUCACAAGGUGCUCACAAGGUGCUCACAAGGUGCUCCCAAGAUGUUCACAAGGUGCUCCCAAGGUGCUCACAAGGUGCUCACAAGGUUCUCCCAAGGUGUUCACAAGGUGCUCCCAAGGUGCUCCCAAGGUGCUCACGAGGUGCUCCCAAGGUGCUCACAAGGUGCUCCCAAGGUGCUCACAAGGUGCUCCCAAGGUGCUCACAAGGUGCUCACAAGGUGCUCCCAAGGUGCUCCCAAGGUUCUCCCAAGGUGCUCCCAAGGUGCUCACAAGGUGCUCCCAAGGUGCUCACAAGGUGCUCCCAAGGUGCUCCCAAGGUGCUCACAAGGUGCUCACAAGGUGCUCACAAGGUGCUCCCAAGGUGCUCCCAAGGUGCUCACGAGGUGCUCCCAAGGUGCUCACGAGGUGCUCCCAAGGUGCUCACAAGGUGCUCCCAAGGUGCUCACAAGGUGCUCCCAAGGUGCUCACAAGGUGCUCCCAAGGUGCUCACAAGGUUCUCCCAAGGUGUUCACAAGGUGCUCCCAAGGUAUUCACAAGGUGCUCCCAAGGUGCUCACAAGGUUCUCCCAAGGUGUUCACAAGGUGCUCCCAAGGUGCCCACAAGGUGCUCCCAAGGUGCUCACAAGGUUCUCCCAAGGUGCCCACAAGGUGCUCACAAGGUUCUCCCAAGGUGCUCCCAAGGUGCUCCCAAGGUGCUCACAAGGUGCUCCCAAGGUGCUCACAAGGUGCUCCCAAGGUGCCCACAAGGUUCUCCCAAGGUGCCCACAAGGUGCUCCCAAGGUGCCCACAAGGUGCUCCCAAGGUGCUCACAAGGUUCUCCCAAGGUGCCCACAAGGUGCUCCCAAGGUGCCCACAAGGUGCUCCCAAGGUGCCCACAAGGUGCUCCCAAGGUGCCAGGAGACGCUGGCACACCAGCCCUCCACCAACACAAGCAACACAACAAUAA